AUGGACGCAUGGUCCAGUCCUUGGGGCGACGACGACUCUCAGAAGACACCGGCAAUACCAAGACGAAGCGGCAAGGAUGACUCUGCAGAUCCUCUCGACAAGCUCACUUCCGCGCCCUUUUCUUCGCUUAAUUCCUUUGACGCAUCCGACCCCUGGGCCAUUGAUGCUGCCACUCCCGCAGCAGAUCCCAGCUCCUUCCCGGACCCGGUCAGCACGUUGAUAAGCGGUGCAGAGGACAUCCUUUCGUCUGCUCUACCUUCGUCGACAUGGCAUGAAGAGUCAGAGAAGAAUGCCAUUCGCGCGGAGCUUAGUCCAGCAACAGCAACACCACCUCUCAAAGCGUCCUUACCGCCAUCUGACACUGGCACUCCAGCGUCUCCCCUUCCACAGCAAUCGCUCUCUUCCUAUGACCCCUGGAUGGCUGACGUGUCCUCUACUUGGGAUGUUCAGCAGCGAAAACCAUCUUCUGUCGUUCCCACAUUAGAAACAGACCCACAACCAUCCGGAUGGAGCAAUGCCGAUGCGGCCUUAGCGCGCUCGCACCAGCUCGAACAGCGCUUCUCCUCUACCAAGCUUGAUAGCACGGCCCAUUCACCCGAUUAUUAUGCCCUGCAGGGCGCGGACAAUGACUAUGACCGGGAGGAAGGCGAGAACACGGAGAGUAAUCUGGAUGUGUGGGCAGCAGAGGCGUCUUCCAGGGAAGAGAAAGCAAGACGACUGGAUCGAGAGGAGAUUGACAUGCUCAAGGUGGAUGCUCGCAAGCUUAUCUCCAGCAUCAACACGGAGCAAGAAACACAAGCAAGUUUCGCAGACCCAACCAUCAGCGAUUCGUCAUGGACGCAUCUCUUUGGCAGUCAAGGCACACAACGCGACAAGCUUCAUCACCUUCAAACGGCGCCUCCGGCACUCAUGUCUUCGAGUGGAGCGUUGCGCUCCGAUUUGAUGCAAGCUAGCCCAGCAACCUUAGAUCAGAUCCGCAGCACGAUUGCAAGGACCGAGAAUCGUGGCGUUAGACUUGCGUCUACAGACAACAGUGCUCUCUGGCAAAGAGGUUCACGACCCCUUCCCAAAGCCGAUUGGUUACCGGACGGUCUAUUCGGAGACACUGACGUAAACGCUCCCCGGAAAGCGACAGCAGGACCGACUGUCAGCAGUUCCAGCACUACAUCUGGUCCUGGCUGGAUGCAGACCUCGAGCAACGAAGCUCGAUCCACUUCUGGUCCCAGCUUCCUUGCGUCUUUCUUCAAAGGUCGUCAGACAAGUGCGUCGAGUGCGGCUGCGAUUUCUGACGCCAUUCCAAGUCAAUCUACUUCACAAACUCAGUCAGGUAGAAACUCGCUGUAUUCAAUCGGCGCAUCGCCUUCGAUACCAGCAAAUGCACAGUUCGAACCGUAUCAGGGCAAUGCAGCCAGUAGAUACUCGGACGAUCCAAGCGGGCCGGAUCUCAUGUCUCUCGAAACCGGCCCUGCGCCAGCCUCUACGACGAGCUCAGCAGUGCGUCCAGCAUCUGCUCAAGUUCAGGGACCUGGUUUGCUGAGCAGAUGGAGAAACAGCGGUUUGUUCAAGUCGUCAGCCAAGAAGACUAAUCCAGGUUGGGCAGCGGGUUCCCUCAAAGGAGACCAUCUAGACUGGCUCGAAGAGCAGGAAAGCACCGACAGCAGAACGAGUCAAUAUCGCUACGACGAGGAGGAAGAUGACUCGUUCGCCAGCUUUCAGAAUACGCAGACACAAUCGCCUCCUCCUCCUCCGCCGUCAAACGCAGGAACUGAUCCGCCCAUCACUGCGCCAGCAUCAGAUCCCUUCGACAAUCUAUUCGGUCCAGUGUUUCAGAGAAGUCUCAACCCAGGUUCGAGCCCGGCAGCAACGUCAUCUGCACGGUCAAGCCUUUCGGCGAGUCGCAUAAGUGGCGAUGGUGGAAUGAUGACCAUUAACACAAAUCUAGGCAGGGCAAGUAGUCUGGCACGGAAAAGUGCCGCAUCCCCGUUGCAACCACCGCCGCAGGUGCAGAACAAGAGGUUUUCCAUCGUGCCACCACCUCGAGCGAACGCAGCUUCGCCGAAGAUAGCCAUUCUGGAUGUCGGAGUCAGACAACAACAGGCAAAAGAUGCUUUUGCUGACUUUUUCAGUGAUGCUCCCUCACAGCAGCCCCUCAGCAGUACGGCAAAUGCUACCAAAGCUCAGUCAACGCCAAUAUCGGCGGGAUCCGCGCCUACAAAGUCAGCUGGAGGUGCUGCAUUGACCGCCGAUGACCUCCUGUUCUUCGACAACCUUUGA